UGCAGGAUUGCCUUUCAGACAAGACCUCCUCACAGCUGUUGAUAGCUGUCCAAUCUUUCCCCAUGUGACCCCACUGCAUGCCUCCUCUCCCCUCUCCCCUCUCCAAUUGAUGAGAGAGAGAGAAAGGACAUUUUCAAGAUUGUUAAGAAUUUUCCUUAUAAUAUUGUCAGUGGCAGCCAUGAGAUCAAAAGAAAGAAAGAUUGCCCUUUUAAUGAUGAUGAUGUUCUUGUUCUUCUUCUUGAUGUUCUUGUGUCUUUCUUCCCUCCAUCUCCUUACACUCUCUCCAACAUUACAUUGUCAAUCCAUUUUCUGAUAUUUACAUAAACAUAUGUUAUAUAAUGGUUUUGUAAGAGAUUGUUUUAUAAAUUUCUCUUCUUGAUUUCCUUGAAUUAUAUCUUUUUUUGUGUCAUUUGGGAUUGUUGCAUUAUUGUUGUCAUUAUAGCAUUUGGUAAUGGCACAAUUACCUCCAAAAAUACCAAACGUGACACCAAGUUGGCCCGAUUUUUCUCAUAAAAAAUUACCAAUAAUUGGCAUUAUGGAGACAUCACCACCCCGUGAUGCUAAUAUCAUCACCGCCAUUGUUACAAACCCUUCGUGGGUUGACGAAUUUCUCGGCUUCUCGUCGACGAGACGUGGGACACAUAGGAGGUCGGUGAGUGACUCCAUUGCAUUCCGGGAAGAAGCACCAACGAUGUUAGAGAAAUGUCGUGCCACGGGUGCACCGGGAUUAGGGUCGGGACAUAACAGCAGCACUGACUUUGACAAGUUUGAUGAUGAACAGCUUAUGUCCAUGUUUAACGAUGAUAUCUCCAAUGCCGUGGCAGCUCCUAAUUCUAGCUCCACACCUUCUUCGCCGUCUGAUCACAACAGCAUUAAUGAUGAGAAAGAAGCUAUAGUAGUGGCGUCUAAGCAUAAGCAGCAGCAGAAGGUGAGGAAUGAGAAUGAUGAAGGGCAAAGUCCAUCUGAAUGGGAGACACCGACUACUGUCCCAACUGCCACCGAUCCUGCUGCUACUUCUAAUGAACGGAAAAUCGAUCCCAGGAGAGUUAAGAGAAUCUUGGCAAACAGACAAUCUGCUCAAAGAUCACGGGUGAGAAAGCUGCAGUACAUAUCUGAGCUUGAACGCUGUGUAACAUCAUUGCAAGGUGAAGUUUCAGUGUUGUCACCAAGGGUUGCAUAUCUAGACCAUCAAAGGUUGCUUCUAAAUGUUGACAACAGUGCUCUUAAGCAAAGAAUCGCUGCACUGGCUCAAGAUAAGAUUUUCAAAGAUGCUCAUCAAGAAGCAUUGAAGAGGGAAAUAGAGAGGCUAAGGCAAGUGUACCAUCAACAGAACCUCAAGAUGGAAAAUACUUCACCACCAUCAGCAUCAUCAACCCCAUCAAAUGACCCCACAACUCCUACUACCGAUAAAGAACAGCAGCUAUUUCAAGUUUAGGUCUAUCCAGUGAUUUUCUCAAGAAAUGGUACGGUGAAAAGUAAAUUCUCUUUAGCAUUGGACAGCAGGAAAAUGGUACAAAGUGACAUAUGAUUUCAUUAUCAUACUAGUCCUUACAAAAUAAUGAAGAAAAUAUUGGAACA